AUGAGUUCCCGGUCAGAUGCGAGAUCGAGUGAUGCUAGGGCCAGGGUGGCGAGGCGACCAACAUCCAACUACCGCGUUAGGUUCAGACACGGUGUGUACCCUAAACAUGAGGGUGAAGCGACAAGGGCCGACAUUAAGAAGUACGAUUACUUCUUCCCGAGUGAGCAGACUUGGGUUGGUUCACCUGGCGACGUGGACUUCAUCGAUGAGUCUGCACAGGUUGCGGCCGAUCUGGAUGCGGUCGAGCAUAGUCGAGCUAGCGAGAGUAUUCGAAGAGCACCCACAAGGCUGUUACGAACAAGUACAUCAGAGAGGGUACCUCGGAUUACUGAGCGCAGUAUACCUCGGGCGAUGCAAAUGCGCAUCCGGCCUGCAUCGCAUGCUGCGAGUAGCAUAUCAUCCGCUUCUGAAGCACCUUCAACAGCUUCUAGCAGCCCUAUGCAUGCAAACUUCCAGCAUCGUCGUCAUGACAGCCCAGCUACUAGUUCCAUGUCUAGUCCAGAUGGUAGCUCUUCAAUCGAUUGGCAGCACGAAAUGUGCACUUCAUCGCCCUAUCAUUCCGUCAAUACCUCGCGGGCCCCAUGGCCUCUUUCAGAUCCCAUCGAAGCUCAUCUUUUCCGCGUUUUUGUGGAUACGCAUGCUCCGCGGUGGGACACUACCAGUUCGUACAGUGUAUUUGAGAAGGUAGUACCACAGAUGGCCUUGACCAACUCCAUGCUGCUUAAUGCGGUUUUCAUGACAGCGUCGCAGAUCGUAUGCCGUACAGACGCUUCCUUUCCGGUCAAGCCAUUCGUGUACCAUGAGCGCGUACUGCAGGACCUGAUACAAUACCUAGCUGACCAUGGCCGCAUACGGGACGAGCCCACAUUGGUGGCAGCCAUGCUAUUGCGAGGGUUUGAAGAAUCGUUUGCUGGCACCCGUGGUCAGUCGCAUCUUUCCACGCAUGAACUGUUCUAUGGUCCUUCUGGCUGGUUGUUCGACAUGUCAAGCCCCGUAGUGCAGGCAUGUUUUAUGGUCCACGUGAACUUUGAAGUUUACCAAGGUCUGCUGAACAAGCAGAGCUUACAGGUUGACUACCGCAACUUUGUUUUACCUGCAUUGGUAUCACCAAGAGAUGAUGUUGAGUGGGGUAACCGGAUCGUGUGGAUCUGCGCGCGCAUCUUGCAAUGGUCUCAGGGAGAUUCACGCCAGCUGGAUGAAUGGGACAUAUUGAACGCUUUGGUAGACAACUGGGAACGGGAGCGACCAAGUAGCUUUGAUGCGUUCUUUUACCGAGAAUCUGGCGCAAUAGAAGGACAAUCCGUAGAGUUGUGGUUUCCCAGGAUUUGCCACGGUGGGUCGACAUAUGAUCAGUGUACGCCUCCUCACUGA